GUGGCUCAGGACGGACCCCCACGUGUGGCUGCAAGAUGAAGUUCGCUUACCGGUUCUCGAAUUUGUUGGGUACAGUUUAUCGGUGUGGAAACUUAAAUUUCACCUGCGAUGGGAAUUCUGUUAUCAGCCCUGUGGGAAAUAGAGUCACUGUGUUUGACCUUAAGAACAACAGAUCAGAUACAUUGCCUCUGGCUACCAAGUACAACAUCAAGUGCGUGGGGCUGUCUCCAGAUGGUCGCCUUGCAAUCAUCGUUGAUGAAGGGGGUGAGGCUCUGUUAGUCAGCUUGGCCUGCAGGUCGGUGCUCCACCACUUCCACUUCAAGGGUUCCGUGCACAGUGUCUCCUUCUCCCCCGAUGGCAGAAAAUUUGUUGUUACUAAGGGCAACAUUGCUCAGAUGUACCAUGCCCCCGGAAAGAAGCGAGAAUUCAAUGCAUUUGUUUUGGACAAAACCUAUUUUGGGCCCUACGAUGAGACCACAUGCAUCGACUGGACAGAUGACUCCAAGUGCUUUGUGGUUGGAAGCAAAGACAUGUCCACAUGGGUGUUUGGAGCUGAGCGCUGGGACAACCUCAUCUACUAUGCCCUGGGUGGACAUAAGGACGCCAUCGUGGCCUGCUUCUUUGAGUCCCACAGUCUGGAUCUGUACUCACUCAGCCAAGAUGGAGCCCUGUGUGUGUGGCAGUGUGACACACCCCCUGAGGGCCUAAAGCUGAAAGCCCCUAGGGGCUGGAAGGCAGACCUACUUCAGAAGAAGAAGGAAGAAGAGGAGGAGGAGGAGGAUGAAGAGGAAGGGGAGCGAGAAACCACCAUCCGAGGGAAGGCCAUGCCAGCUGAACAGGAGAAAGUUGGGAAAGUGAAGUACUCACGGCUGGCCAAGUAUUUCUUGAAUAAAGAAGGAGACUUUAACAACCUGACAGCUGCUGCUUAUCAUAAGAAGAUUCAUCUUUUGGUCACGGGUUUUGCUUCUGGAAUCUUCCAUCUUCAUGAGCUCCCAGAGUUCAACCUCAUCCACUCCCUGAGUAUCUCUGAUCAGAGGGUUGCUUCAGUUGCCAUCAACAGCUCUGGGGACUGGAUUGCCUUCGGCUGCUCAGGCCUGGGCCAGCUGCUGGUGUGGGAGUGGCAGAGUGAAUCCUAUGUGCUCAAGCAACAGGGCCACUUCAACAGCAUGGUGUCGCUGGCCUACUCCCCUGAUGGGCAGUAUAUCGUCACUGGUGGGGACGAUGGCAAGGUCAAGGUAUGGAAUACCCUCAGUGGCUUCUGCUUUGUCACUUUUACGGAACAUUCCAGCGGGGUCACUGGUGUAACAUUUACCACCACUGGCCAUGUCAUUGUCACCUCCUCCUUGGAUGGAACUGUGAGGGCCUUUGACCUUCACAGGUACCGGAAUUUCCGCACCUUCACGUCUCCACGCCCCACGCAGUUCUCCUGUGUGGCUGUUGACUCGAGUGGAGAAAUCGUCUCUGCAGGGGCUCAGGACUCCUUCGAGAUCUUUGUGUGGUCCAUGCAGACGGGCAGACUUCUUGAUGUUCUGUCUGGCCAUGAGGGGCCCAUCAGUGGUCUUUGCUUUAACCCAAUGAAGUCCAUCCUGGCCAGUGCCUCUUGGGACAAGACAGUGCGCCUGUGGGACAUGUUUGACAGCUGGAGGACCAAAGAGACCUUGGCUUUGACCUCUGAUGCCCUGUCAGUGGCUUUUCGGCCUGAUGGUGCAGAGCUAGCUGUGGCCACACUGAACUCACAGAUCGUCUUCUGGGACCCUGAGAACGCUGUACAGGUGGGCUCCAUCGAGGGCAGGCAUGAUCUCAAGACAGGCAGGAAGGAACUGGACAAGAUCACAGCCAAACAUUCAGCCAAGGGCAAGGCUUUCACUACCCUGUGUUACUCUGCGGAUGGGCAGAACAUUCUGGCAGGAGGCAUGUCCAAGUUUGUGUGCCUUUAUCAUGUCCGGGAGCAGAUCCUGGUAAAGAGGUUUGAGCUUUCCUGCAACCUGUCUCUGGAUGCCAUGGAGGAAUUUCUGAACCGAAGAAAGAUGACAGAGUUUGGCAAUUUGGCACUCAUUGAUCAAGAUGCUGGGGAGGAGAAUGGCGUCGCAAUUCCCUUGCCGGGUGUAAGGAAAGGUGAUAUGAGUUCCAGACACUUCAAACCUGAAAUCAGGGUAACUUCUCUGCGCUUCUCUCCCACUGGGCGCUGCUGGGCGGCCACCAGCACAGAAGGGCUCCUCAUCUUCUCUCUGGAUGCCCAGAUGCUCUUCGACCCAUUUGAGCUGGACACCAGUGUGACACCUGGGCGGAUCCGUGAGGCACUACGACAGAGGGAGUUUACCCGUGCCAUCCUCAUGGCCUUCCGGCUCAAUGAGAGGAAACUGGCACAGGAGGCCCUGGAGGCUGUGCCACAGGACGAAAUUGAUGUUGUCAGCGCUUCCCUUCCUGAGCUGUAUGUAGAGAAAGUGCUUGAGUUCUUAGCUGCCUCCUUUGAAGAGUCCAGGCACCUUGAAUUUUACCUUAUAUGGACCCAGAAGUUACUUAUGUCACACGGACAGCGGCUGAAGUCCAGGGCGGGGCACUUGCUGCCUGUGGUCCAGUUCCUUCAGAAGGGCCUCCAGCGGCAUCUGGAUGACGUUUCCAAGCUCUGUAACUGGAACCGUUACAACAUCCAGUAUGCUCUGGCAGUUUCCAAGCAGCGGGGCGUAAAGCGCACUCUGGAGCCUUUAGACACAGAAGAGGACACAGACGCAUCUGAUGAUGACAGUCUACACCUACUUGGGAUUGCUGCGGAUGAUGAGGAAGAAGAGGGGAUGCUGGUGUAGAAGCCCCACCUCACAGCCUGACUGACUGACUGGAGAUGCUGGUGUAGAAGCACCGCCUUAUGGCCUGAUUGGAGAUGGAACCACUGCGCCAGAGCCCAGAAAGUGAGCGAUGCCAGAGGCCUCAGAACCCUGCAACCAGGACUCUUUUGCUGUGAGAUUGCACAUGCUACCAUGAGGCAGCAAGCCAACCUUUCAGGUCCAGGGUUGGGAUGCAUACCAUGGGCACGUGUGUGCUGUAGGCCCAGAAUGCUGGCAUUGUGGUGAUCCUGCAUAUAGACUUCUGAGAAGUGUGGACUUGGAAGCUUCUGCCGGUUAUUUAUAUUUUUAAUACGGACUUCUGAGAAUGAACCUUUUUUCCCAACUUAGGGUUGGAAAGCUUUUUUAAAAAUGUGAGGACCUUCCAGGACAGGCUCCAAAGCCACAGAGAAACCCUGUCUCAAAAAACCAAAAAAAAAAAAAAAAGUGAGGACUUCACUUCUCGACUUUGAGUUCCUGAUGUUUAUAGUGUGUCCUUGGUGAGACAUUGUCUUCAGCUAAGCAGGAAAGACCAGAGUGGCUGUCUGCUCAGGCCUGUGGCCCUGGUCAUCUAUAGGUAUACGGAGUGAGCCAGAAAGUGUGCUGGGCUGACGCAGGAGGGUGGAUGUGACAGCUCACUGCUGGCUAGGGAAGCCUGCCCAGACCAGUACCAGUGUGCACAGGUUACAUGGGAGAGGGACAGUCCCUUCAUGCCAAAGGGGUGCUCUACUGAUACUUCAGCGGUUGACCAACUCCAGCGUGUCAGCUCACCAGUGAAGUCUCCCACAGAUCCCAACUCUCAUGCCGGAAACUGCCCAUUGGCCUCUGUCCAGGCCGCAGGAAUUUAUCUAUGUGACACCUAGUGUCACAGUUGGGGUGCGCCAUUGUCCUGGUCACCUGAAAUACACUCAGGCUUGACCACGGUAUGGAGAGAAAGCAGAGCUCAGCCUGGUAUCUCCGGGUUUCCUGUUCCUGCACAGUGUUUCUGUGUGUAGCUCGGAAUGGGGGCUCACGUCUUGCCUGCACAGGGUCAGGAUCCCGGCUGCCCAAAUGGGGCCUCACUUGUUUUAGUACCCUCCUGAGAUUUCUGUUUGCAUCCGUGGAUACAGUUUUUUGAAGCCCUACCCUUUUUGUCUGUGUGUGGUGCUGAACGUGGAACAGGGCUUGGGGAGUGGCAGGCAGGUACUACCGAGCCACACUUCAGCCAUCACCCAUCUCGAACUUGAAGUUUAAUUACUAUACCCUUUGGAGUGCCUUUCAGGCCUGCUUCUCGGUAACCAUGCCCAUUCCGCCCACCCCUGUGGACGAGGUCAGAUGCAAAUUGCUGCCACUCCAUUGAGUAUCUGUGCCCAGGCUUCCAAUAAAUAUUGGACCACCACGCCCACAUCUUUGCAUUCCCUGGCUUCUACAUACGCUCUACUCCCCAGGCCUAUCUCCAUCAUAUGUCUCCUAAAUGUGAAAGGGCUGCCAUCUUAAGAUAGAAACACCUGGCAGCUGAUUUCCAAACGCUGUGCUAAGGAUCGCCCCCUAGGAGCUGAAAGAAGCCACCUUUGACAGCUUUCACAAUGGUGAGGAACCAGCAGUCACACUUUGGAAGCUAUGGACACUGGACUGUAACAAGCCUUCCAU